AUGAACAAGCCCAACUCAUCCAUUACCGCUGGCGCCACCGUGCCCACCCUAGCUUUGCCUCUGCCUAACGCCGCCGCCUCCCAGCGUGCACCUUCCUCAGCGCCGCCGGCCGUGUCCUCCAUUAGCGCCACCGCCCCUCGACGGUCGCCUGCUCCACCGCCUUCACCUUCCAACUCGACCUUGCUGGCCACGCAACAGCUUCUAAAGCCACCCCUUCCAGUGGAGCCACCGCCACCGCCGCCGCCGCCGCCUUGCCCUUACGGUGGCCACCUAUUCGCCGGAAUAAUUAGUGGUGAGAAUGGGACACUCAAUCGCGUCUUCCAGUAUGUCUGCCCUUCGAUCUGGCGCACGGUGAGCCCGGGACGAACCCUAGCUUCAUGGCUCCCCUUGCCUGCCGGGGUUCCUCCACCUUGCUACUCCGAUGAGUGGUGUUCGGCCUCAGCUCCAUUCCGGGCCGCCCUACCGGGUGUUGGCCAUAGUGAUGAUAAAGUUCUUGUCUUUGUUCUUGCUGCUACGAGUAUGCCAUAUGCUCUGGAUCAGGCUGUGCGGCGACAGUUUGACAAGCGUAUCCUACAUUCCUUUACCUGACUCUGAGAGCAAGGCAGCAUAUGUUUAAGGUACUCAAGGAACAUAUGUGCAACACUACUUGAAAGAAGUUCUGUUCAGAAAGGUUGUCACAAUCUUCGCAAUCCACUCAGGUCCAUCUUUGGGGAUACAGCACACAGCUCAUCGGAAAGUGAUUUUGAGGUCUUGGGCCAUGGGACAGAUGGAUUUUCUGGUUCCGGCAUUGCUCUCUGUAACAGCACAAGUAGUUUCCGCACAAUCCUGAGUUGUGUCUGUACAAUGUGACAUGUUUCUAGUUCUUGCUAUUUGUUAACAGGUGAAAGAUAUCUUGUUUGAGCCCGUGCGUAAGACAUGGGAUGUAAUGUUCUUUUAGACUGAUGGUGGCACUGUCCAGACUACGAUCCAGGAGCUUGCAUCCAAAGGCACCUGAUCGCUUCACAGAUUCUUUCACCCCUGAUCCCAGUGACUGAUGUCAAGAAAGUCCUCGCUGGCAGAGGCCGACCGUUGGCAAGACGGACCUGGAAGUACACGAGAAGCUCAAGAAACAGUUCAGUGAAGAGGGUUGAUUUGCUGCCAGUACUCUCUGGAGUCUCAAUCCAACAAGUGUAUUAAAGAGUAAGGAUUCUUAAGGUGGGGAGUCCUUGUGCUGUAGCUUCAUAGUAAUUGUUUUCAGUCUCUCUGGCAUCUAAAAUUACUUUUUACUCUUUUCGACGGCGUGUGCCACAUGAGUUUUGUGCCGGGCUACCUGCAACGAUACCUGAAUCAUGUAAGCGCCACUUGACAGCUGAAUUAUACUUUGUCCUGUGGAUUCA